AUGGAUGAAAUUUUCGGAUACAUGGAUGGAGAUUUUGAAGUAUCAUUAACAGAUUCAACAAUGAUGUCGAUAGUUCAUCGCGCGAUGAACAAAGCUCAAGAGAAAAUGAAAACAAAAACCGGAGUUCUUGAAAGAUUGAAUGAGAUAUCAAAAUUUUAUGAAUUGGCAGUGAUGCAACUUGAAGGUUGUCUAACCAUUGUCCACACCGAGACCGAUAGUAGUUGUCUUGAAAGCAAUCACGAAAAACUACUCGACGACUUGAGAGAAAUAAAGGACCGCCUUCAAGGACGACUUGAGGAAUCCGAAUUGAUUAUUUCGGAGAAGGAUAGAGAGUUGUCACAAAGAUUGAAGAAAAAUCAAACAACUAGUGAGAACAAAGUUAAGAGUGGUGGUGAUUUAGGUGAGUUGAGGAGUAGUAUGGAUCAACAAAUGUUGCAUAUUAAACAAAGACUUGAACCACAACUUGACAUGGUUGAAAAUGUGGUAACACAUACACAUAAUGUUGUUGUCAAUGACACAAAAAAGAUCGAAGAGAUGGGUUCGGAUAUUGAUGUAUUGAAACAAACUAUGGAUCUUGCUUUUUGUAAGAUGCAAAGUGCUCUUUUUUCAUGUGAGAUGAGGCCAAAAGAAAUGCAAUGGAAGUUGAAAAUUGAAAAAGAUAUGAUUUCUAUAUUGAUUACUAGUUUCAUCAAGGAGUUCCGAGAGAAUAUCGAGGUAGAAGCUAGAAGGAAUGAGAAUCAUGUUCACAAAUGUUGGCAAGAGCAUUGGUCUCAAAUGAUGAAUGAGGUUACAAGUUUAAAGAAUGAACUUGUCACUACGCAUGACUCAUUUCCUGAUGAAUAUGAUUCUUCCGCCCUUUCUUCCCCGACAAAGUCUUCGUCGGAAGAAGCAACUCAUGAAACAUUUCAUAAAUUUCUACAAAAGGCGGACGAAAGAGAUCCUAAGGAGAGAGAGUUACAAGAAGAGGAAGAGAGUGAAAAGAAAAGUUUAGUUGCUAAGAUGAUCAAGAAUCAUGAAUCUAUUAUUCGACAAAAGAACGAAGAACUAAAUCGGAUUAAACAUCAGAAAAAAGUGUCAUCGUCUAGGAAAAGAAAGGAACUAAGCAUCGUGAAAGAAAAAAUCCAUAUUAUAAGUGAAAGGUUUGAUAAUCUUAUAAAAAGGAAUGAGAAACAAGGUGAAUCUCUUUUCAACCAAAAAGCAAUUCAUCACAAGGAAACACUUUUAACGAAAAAGUUAUCAUCACAAGAUGAGAUUGAGUUUGAGAAGCUAAUACAAGAAAAUGUACAUAAAUGCUACUUAAAAGAAAUGAUGAAUGAGUUGAAUGAAAAAAUUGAAACAAACAAAAUCAAAAGGAGAAUUAGAGAAGACAUAAACUUUCUUGUCUUUUUUGAGAUAAAAGAAGAUGAGAUUGAGUUUGAGAAGCUAAUACAAGAGAAUGUACAUAAAUGCUACUUAAAAGAAAUGAUGAAUGAGUUGAAUGAAAAAAUUGAGACAAACAAAAUCAAAAGGAGAAUUAGAGAAGACACAAAUUUUCUUGUCUUUUUUGAAGCAAUUAAGGAUGUGAAAUCCAAUCAUGAGUUUGUCUUAGCUAAGGAAAAUUUGGAAGAUGAAAUAGAAGGAACCAUAAAGGAAGAUAUAUGCAUGCUUGUGGUUAAGAAGACUAUUGAAGAACUCGACAAAAUGGUGACAAAUUGCAAAGUUGAAACUAUAAUAAGAGAACAAAUAGAUCAUAUUGUGUUUGAAGAAACAUUGGAAGUUUUUGUCAAUAUUUCAAAUUCUCAUCAUAGAAAAAACAUCAACAUACAAGAGAAUUUCUCUAGUAUGGUAUUAAAUCAAAUGCAAAAAUUUCAAGGACAUGAGAAUUUGACAGUUAUAUUGUUAGAGUCUCUAUUGGGUUGUUUUGAAGCAGAGGAGAAUCUAAUGUUAAGUGCACGUUCUGAGAUCAAUGAACAUAGCAAACAACUCGACUUAGGUUCAGAACGCGGCGACCUACACGAGUAUGAACUAUUUGAAGAUUUGAUAACCGGGGAAGAACAAACAUUUUCUUCACUAACAAGUAAGGUAGAAAAUGUUUUGCGCCAACUAGGUAUAAGUAAAGCACUUCUAAAGGAGUUAGGGACAAGCUUGGGACAUAGUCUUCGUGACUCAGAAAGUUUUUAUCGUCAAACGUUUGAUUAUGAACAAGAACAAUUGAAAGUGUCUUCUUUUGAAUCUACAACAUUUGUAGAAUUUGAGGAAAUGGUACACCAGAAACUAGAGAUGUUGACUAUGAGGUUGGAAAAGAUGAAUUGUUGUGUGGAUUCAGUUAUUAAGAUGGUUGCUUGUUUGAGAAGAAAUGAGUUACUUUACCAAAAGGCCUUCAUUAGAAGAUGUCAGAAUCUCCAAAAUGCUGAAGCUGAGGUUGAUCUUCUUGGAGAUCAAGUGGAAGCACUUUUGACAUUACUUGAGAAGAUAUAUGCAACCCUUCAUCAGUAUGCACCUGCCUUGAAGCAACACUUAGAGGUUUUUAACUUAUUGGAGUUGAUAAAAACAGAACUGAUUAAUGGAGCUUUUCAAGCUGCAACUGUGGUGACUUAA